UUCGCGUCGGUUCCGCCCACCCCUCCUGGUUGUCAUAGUGAGGCGUUGUCCACUAAGGCUGGGAUCCCAGCUGCUGGAGGCUAGAAGCGGGAGUCAUGGAGUACACAGGGAGCAAAUAUAUCGGGGAAUAUGUAGAUGGGAGGAUGGAGGGCAAAGCUGAAUACAUCCUCCCAACAGAAACAAGAUAUGUUGGGGAAAUGAAGGACGGCAUGUUUCACGGUGAAGGAACCCUGUACUUCCCCAGCGGGAGCCGAUAUGACGCUGUCUGGGAAAAGGGAUUGGCCAUCAAGGGCACAUACACCUUUGCAGAUGGGCUGCAGUAUGAUGCUAAGAACUGGCACUACUGCGAUGGCUAUGACCGGAGGUUUUACACGGAGAUCUGCUUUGGCUUGAAGCCUUCAGGUAUCUCUCAACUCACCAACAUGGAUCCACCAAGAACAAUUCCCCCAGCCUCCUAUGACUGUGGAGAUGGCUUCUACGAUCCCAACACUCGGAUAAUUAAGGACUAUAGGAACCGCUUUCUGAGAAACGCAGGCAGGACUGUGAAGACACACUGCAGAAGGAAAACUGAUUCUUGGGACUGCUCCACUCCACACACUUCACCAGCUCUGUGCCAGCUGGAACAGAAUACCAUUCAUCUUCUUUUUCUUUUAUUUUAAUGGCUACAGCUUUUCUAGUGCCUUCUCCCAAGAGACCAACUGCAGGAUGAACAGGGCAGUUUGCCACUUCUCAGGGUUGGAGACAAUAUAGGCACUGCAAAGUCCCACAAACUUGCACUCUAAUAAUUCUCAAGACCUCUGGAGUAAGGAGAUGCCAGUGCUAUAAGAACUCAAGAGAAACUACCCAUUUCUCAAGCAUUUAGAAUAAACAAAUUCAAACUCUC